AUGACUGAAGGACAUGAUACAAGCUAUUAUAAUAGAAUAGCUUUCAUAAUUGAUACUGAAUUCACAGAAGAGAACUUUGAACAAUACAAAUAUUCCUCUUAUAUUGAUGAAUUAAGCAGUUACUUAGCCCAGAAUGACGAAAGAUCAUCACUUUUGCUCUCUUUAUUAUAUGAAUUUGAUAAAAUUCAAAAUAUUUUGAUCUUAAUUCCAAAAUUAUUAGAAGACAUAUUAGAGAAAACACUGAGAUUUAUCCUCUUAUCAUUCAAGCACCAACAAACUCAUGAAAACACUAAUUCAAUAUCGGAAACUGCCUUUUUCGUAUCCAAACUGCUUCUCAAUGAUAUCAAUCAACAAUGCAAAUGUAUUAUUUAUGAAAUUUUAUCGAAUUCAGUAAAUUUUGGGAUUGAAUUUAUUUCAGAAGAUUUUAUCCAUUUCGUAGUCCAGAACUACUAUGCAUCUAUCGAAAAUAAUUCCACCAGGUGCCUCUGCGACCAUAUCAUUAUAUUUAUGGCAUGUUUUUUAGAUAAAUUAAGAGAUACUGCACCAGAAGAUCUUAUUCGUUUAUUAUUUGAAUGGUGGCUAAAUGCAAACACAAAUUACAUUUCAACACUUCAAUAUUUGCUUCCAAUUAUUAAAUCACAUCUGGACAUAUUUAUUGAACAUUGCCAUAAGAGAUAUGACUUCUUUGAAAGGAUAUUAUCAAAUCCUCUCAACUCAUUACCAAAAGAACAAAUUCGAAAAUAUUAUGAAGAUUUAACUGAUUUCUUUAAACUUAUCGUUUCAAAUUCCACACACAGAUUUUAUUUAAAGCUUCUUAAGAUGGGCUUUCUCCAAAUUAUUUCUAAUAUUCUUAAUAUUUUUGAAUCAGAUAAUUUUGGCAUAAUUCACAAGCGAAUAUACUCAAUUAUCGGGAUAAUGAUGAGUCAAUCACCCACUAUUGCAGACUUCUUUGCUGAAAAUAUUGAAAUAUUCCAUAAAUUGAUUCCACAAAAUAUAUCUGAGAUAUCAAGUGAGCAAAAACAUUGCGUCCUCAAACUUUUCAGUAAAUCAUCUCCAUUAUUAUCAAUACAAAGUGUCAAAAACAUAUUUGGCUCUACAGAUUUUCUCCAAAUCCUUAUUUGGGGAAUAUUAGAAUAUCAUCAGAAACUUGGAAAAAAUUGCAUUUUAGGAUUGACAAAACUGUUGGAUAACUAUCCAAAUUGCCAAGUUGCUGUGCUAGUUUAUGAUGAAAUCAAUGAAAGUGAUCUGUUUGAUGACUAUUUUGAUUCUGAUAUAGAUAAUGAAGAAUUUGAAACCGCAAUGGACAAUUUUAUUGAUUUAUUCGAAAAAAUUCCAGAGAAUUCACAGCAAAUAGCUUCAUGA